AUGCACGAGUGUCCCAUCUGUCUCGAAAAUAUCCAGACAUUUGCUCUGCUAGGAAGGGUGCUGCCAUGUCUCCACACUUACCAUGAACAAUGCCUUAUCCAGUGGUCUUCUCACUCCAACUCAUGUCCCACCUGUCGCAAACUCUUCCAUAAAAUCGAUAUCAUUGCAAGUCAUCAACCGAAUUUAGUUCAACGAUCGAUUCCCGUUAAAGACAAGAUCAUUGAGAAUGACGCCAUAAACGAAAUUCCCCAAGAGUUUAUUAUCCCGCCACAAAUUUAUGGCGAGGUGAGACCAGAAGAGCCUGACCGGGGACACAACGGCGUAUGCACCAUAUGCUCAAGUGCACAAUAUUCUCGACGCAACAAGGCCAUGGUUUCAUGUAUUGGAUGCGGUGCAACCUUUCAUACACUGUGUCUUGGUCACAAAGACGAACCUGAUUGGUAUUGCCCAGUGUGCGACUGUCACCAAGAAAUGCCCAUACAAUCCCCAAUUCGAGUUUCUAGACGGCUGGUUCCGGCUCCUCGGCGGGGACUCACGAUCUUCAAUGAAAACAAUGAGAUUGAGGAUUUUGAUGAUAGAGAGCACCCGACUCGGUCAGCCUCGGUUUUGAAUGGCGGGGUGCUAUUGCGACGAGAAGCAAGACAGUUGGAAAGCCUAACCAAAGAGGAGGCUGACUCAUGGAGCUUGUUGGAACUGGUGAGGCAUGGCUCAACUAAGGACAUUGAGGUGUCACUCCAACACUCAACAUCAGAGAAAAGAAAGAGACGAAAACGUACUGAUCCGUCAAGGGUUCUAGAUUCUACUGGUCCUUUGGAUCUUAAGGCAAGCAAUUCUGCUCAAAAACCAUCCCGAUUCGGCUCUUUAAUGAACCAAAUUAGAUCAGGUAGUUCUUCUGUCCACAUGGAGACAAAUCCACCUGUUCAAGAGGUUGUACUGGUCAGUGAAACUAUACCAUCUUUACCUUCAGGAGGGGAGAGGUCAUUGACCAGACGUACUGAGUUAUCAUUUGAGCAGAAGCACAAGGUGCAAAAGUAUGUACGCGAUAGACUCAGACCGCGAUAUAUUCCCAACUCUGAAUCGCUGGACCCUACUAUCAUUAAAUCCGAAUCGGAGUACAUCAAAAUCAACAAGGCCAUAUCGAGAAAAGUAUAUGCUGGCAUCUUAUCAUUGUUUGCUGCGAAUCCGGACCAAAUGGAUGAAAUCUUUGAGAAGGGGGAUUUGCAAUUGAGAGACUUGGUGAAUGAAUACGCAGAUCGGAGUUUAAACGUUUAA